CAGCAUUCGUUCAAGCAAUCCACAUUCGAGCCCAUCUGAUAGAGCCAUUCUCGUUAUACUUGCAUCAUCUCCCUCCGCUUCCGUUUCGGAACGUCCGCUCAAGCUCACCACAGCUCAUAGGGACCUAGUCGACUGCAGCAAAUCCUUGUUAAUAACAAGGCUAUUUCCUCCGACAGAUAAUUCUUCCCGCUUCUGCUGCUGCUCCUGCCGCUCUCCUCUUCUCCCUGCUCUUCCUCCCUAUUCCAAACGCCAUGGAGGUCACUCAAGUGUCCAGCCGCGUCGUGUACGCCGACGCCGAGGGCGCGGUCCACAUGGGCCUGCCCGUCUACAUCGACGACACGGGCGCGUGCCACGCGGGGUGCGUGGAGCAGGCCGCCGAGGACGCGGCCGUCGUGAGCACCAUUUUCGACGGCACCGCGACGACGGAUUCGAGUGCCGCGGAGAAGAAGCUCAUGGUGGAGCGCGUUGUCGAGCAGGCCAUGCAGGUGGAGGAGAUUUCCGAGGACGGCGAGCGCCGCCGGAAAGUCCGCGCGAUUAUGAAGCGCCUCCAGACGUCCCCCAGUGGCCGGUCUCUCGAGGAGAAGGAUGCCCUCCGUCGCGCUAUCAUCUACGACCGCACGCUGCGAAGGCAGGCCAGCGCUGACAGCGCCACAACAUCGCAGAACAUUUGCUUCCUGACUGCGGCGCCCAUGCCGCUGCUGCUCCCCUCCGUCUUCUAGCUCGCUCCCUCCCUGCCGUCUUUCUAACACGCUACUAUUGUCCGUCGUCUCUUCCGCCGUCGCCGUUUCCGCCGCGUCCCAUCCUGCCGUAUCUUCCGUCGCUCUUCUCCUCGCUUUUGUCCAUCUCGCUUCUCCACAAUGAGCCGCCCAUCCAUCCAACCGUUAUCCGUCCGUCGCACCUGCCGAACCUGUUUGUACAGUGGUUGUCUACUGUAGACCCGCUGGCAGCAAGCUCAUUAUUGUCUCGCCAGCUCCCAUGUCAAUACGCUGUACAUUGCCGGAUUUUGAUAUGAGAUGGGGGAGUUGCAAUUGGUUUUCCGCUCAUUGGUUUUGACUCACGUUCUGUGAAUGCGCAAAAGAUGAAGCUGCA